UCAGAUAUCGACGAGUGUGCAACACGAAAAACGAACUGCAGUGCUGAUGCUGUGUGCAACAAUACUAAGGGAACGUACAACUGUACAUGCAAACAGGGAUACUAUGGAGAUGGAAAUAUCUGCCGUUUGGGUAACAUUUCUCCUGCUGUAUUUUUAAGCUAGUUUUUGUACUGUUUCUUUCUGUUUAGACCACUUUAAGGAGACGUUCGUAUAGAAUAAUUAUGUAUAUCGAGAUAUAGAUAUAUGGUAAAUCGAUAAAAACUUCGAUGAAUGCCUCCUUAGAAACUACUGAGAAUUCAAACUAAAACAAGCUAACUACUUGAUGGACGUGAAAACGCUUGCCUGCGUAGAUAGCAGUCUUAUGGUUUAAAACGACGAGGCCGCGAAAAGUUUGGGAUCCUGCCUAAAUUCGCGGCUACGCUACUUUUAUUCCUAUCUAGAGCAUUAGACACCGUUAACAAUACAAGUUACGAAAACAUGAGUGACCAAGAACGUUGUGUAUUUCCUACUCCACAUGUAAAUUUUCCCUUUAAUUUGAGAGUAUUUCAAAACGCCAUCCCAUCUUUUAUUCUUAGAGUUUAUUACUGUUGAUAUGCCUUUUCUUUCAGCUUCGACGUGUAAGGAAAUUUUCGACCGGAAUGUGUAAGUCAAUUAUUCACCAACAAGAACAAAGUCGGAGCGGAAUUCAAUGAGAGAAUAUGAAAAUAACAGUACUACUAUUAUUACUAAUAUUUUUAAAAAUAAUCUUACGUCAAGCAUAUCGCAACAUUAGUAAUAAUCUUCCACAGCAGCUUCUGUCGAAUAGGAAUCGGUGAUCGAAAAGCACUCUGUGUCGUUUACUGAAUAUAUGGAAGCCAUGGCCCUCAUUAAGUUUUGACUGAAUCUCUCCUUUUAAGAAGAUUCCUUAUUUAGUAGAUCGAACAAGAGUGGCGAGGUUACCCUGCACUUAGACUCAAAGCCAAUUUCUGUUUUCUGUCACAUGGGAGACUUUGGAUGCGGAGAUGGAGGAUGGACGCCGAUCAUGAAGAUUAAUGGCAAUAAGGUUUUUCCUUCUCAUGUUCACGCUUUAAAAGAUUGUUUCGUACAAGUAAAAUGCAAUUUCCAUUUUUUUAUGACAGUGUUUUUUGAGAUUUAAAUGAUAGGUGAUUUAACAUUGAAAUCAGUUUUCCUCUGAAAAUAUGAAAAAUUUGAAAUCGAAUUUCUGCGGAAUUUAAACCUGUACGAUUCAUUUGUCUCUCCACGAGCAAUUGAGUUGAGUACAGCGUAUGCAAGUGUCGUAAAUAUCACGGGAUCUUUUUCUAUUGGCAUUUUUAGCAACUUUCAGUAAUUUGAUAUUCAAAAAGCUUUUGAAAUUUUUAAAUUUGAUGGCAAUUGGUCUACCAUCACUUAUGUGUUUUUUUUCCACUUUGUUAUUGUUUAAUACUUAUACUUUUCACUUUAUGUAUAUGUAUAGCAAACCUUUCACUAUCAUUCGUCGUUCUGGAGAGACAAAGCUGAAUACAAUCUAAUAGGGGGCAUGAAUGGGUUUGACUCACAAGAGACCAAGUUACCGACCUACUGGAACACAUCCUUCUCCAAGGUCUGUCUCGGUAUGAGGGUUGGCUAUCAGCUCAAGUUCAUUGUCAUCAAUAAGCGCGCCAGCUCACUGUACUCACUGAUCGCUGACGGUCAAUACCGCAAGAUCUCACUCGGUCGUGGCACGUGGAGUACCCUGAUUGGCUCAGAAGCUUCCUUACAGCCUCACUGCAACAUGGAAGGGUUCAAUGCUCUGGAAAAGAAUGGGUCCUCCAUGGUAAGAAUUGGUAUCAUUGCCAACCAAGAAAACGAUUGCAACAGCUGUGACUCCAGAAUUGGGUUUGGUACCGGAGGGUAUCCUGAUGACUCCAACACGUGUAGCAACGAAGCAAAGCACGAAGCAGAUGAUGGUGACAAACACAUUACAGCCAUGGGCUACAUCUUGGUGAAGUGA